AUGCUCAUCACGAUUCAAGGGAAUAAGGAAGUAGCGGAAGAGAGGCGGUUGCGUGAGAAGAUGACACAAGAUCACGAAGCAAAGAGUAAAGAAAAAGCGUCCUUGGAGAUCGACUUGACUCAGGCCGAACACAACAAGGACCUAAGGGCGGUUCUGACUUUCGGCCUUGAUGAGUCGCUCACAUUCCAAGGUCGCUCCGGAUACAUUGGCAAAGCGGAUGAGUUCCGAGACUGGAUGAGUUCGAACUGUUCUGCUGCGAUCUUCAUCCAGGGACACGGUGAUUUCGAGAAGAUGACACCGGCUUCCUACUUUAUCACUCUCCUGAGGGAGAGCAUUCAAAAGCUACCGGAUACUCUCGCCCUCUCAUUUUUCUGCGGCCUGCAUACUGACGGCGAAAUCUCAGGACCAGCUAUCAUGGCCAAGACAAUCUUCGGCCAAGCUCUUGCUCUAAAUGCACGAGAUGACAGCGAAGACGCCAACGGCAAUCCACUGCUAUCGUUCCUCGGCGUGCAAGAUGUGCAGAAUAUGCAGGCCGAUGAUUAUGACACCUAUCUUUCUGGCCUUGCUCAAUUGCUUCGUAACAUCAGGCGACGCUAUAGCGCAAUCUUCAUUCUGAUCGACUCGGUGGACUUCUACGACGAUGAAUAUGAAGAGGAAAUUUUACAGUUCAUUAGCAAGAUCAAGAGGUUAAUCAAGGUGUUCAACAAGAGGCAAAAGCAGGAGAAUGGUGGGGUGUUGAAGUUACUGAUGACUGCUUCGAGCCAGUCAUCUUGCUUCUCACCUUCGAGUAGAUCGUCUCUCAUUAUGCAUAUGCCUGAAGAGAUUGAUGGAGACGAAGACAAAUUUGAGGAGUUUGUCCGGAGCUCUGAUGAAGAUUGA